AUGGACGCAAAGCCAGAAGAUAGCUUCGCAUUCAAUAUCACCCGCGAGCUGGAGCACACGCCGUAUGCAUGUUCGUCCCUCACGCGCCUAAGCGGAGGAACCGUCAAUUUUGUCUUCCGAGGACUGCUGUCCCGACCCCUUGAAGAUGGCACGAAAAGCGUCAUCAUCAAGCACGCAGAGGGCUAUACAGCUACGAAUCGGAACUUCAGACUGACUGCUGAGCGCUGUCUGACAAAGACCACUCAGCUCUUUGAGGAGGCCAGCUUGAAGGCCCUCGAUGGGCUCCCCAGCACAGUGGCCCUGAAGGGGAAGUCUGGAAGCCGAGUCAUCACAGUCAAGCCUCCUCGACUCCUCACCUUCAAUCCCGACACCAACACCACCGUCCUAGAGGAUCUCCCCGAUUCCCUGGAUCUGAAGACAUUCUGCAUCUCAGCUGCGUCGACGAUCAUUUCCCAGGAAUGGGCCGUUUCGGUUGGAAAGGCGCUGGGCACCUGGCUGUGGGCAUUCCAUCGAUGGACUGACGAGACGGCUCAGGCGAACGUGGUAGCGGAACUGGAAAAGAAUCGCACGAUGCGAGACUUGAAACUCUCCGUCAACUACGGCAGUCUCGCGGAGAGAAUCGAUCAGCAUCCCGCUCUGCUGGGCGAAGCCCGCGAGGUAUUCGAGAAGGUGCGGGUAGCGGCGGCCGCUGAGGUGGAAAAGAAGGGUGGACUUGGAUAUGGAAUCAUCCAUGGGGACUUUUGGUCGGGAAAUGUUUUGGUUCCCAAAUCGGCACUAGACAUGAGCCCUCAGACCUCGCUCUUCAUUGUGGACUGGGAGCUCUGUCAUCUCGGCCCUCGGGCGUGGGAUCUGGGCCAGAUGCUCGCCGAAUUGUAUAUGUUGAAGCAUUACAGAGGCAUCGAUGCUGGGCCGUGGAUGAUUGAAGGCUUUCUCGAGGGAUACCAAGUGCCAGAUGAGGCAUUCGCCUUCUGGGUCCUGAUUCACGUCGGUGUUCAUUUUAUCGCAUUCGGUUCUAUGAUUCAGGGCUGGGGGGCUCCGGAACAGGUUGCGGAGCUCGUUCAUUUGGGCAAAGAUCUGAUUGUGAAGGCAUGGGAAAAGGACCGGGAGUGGUUCAGUGGGGUAUGGAAGCAUCUAUUCAAGGACUUGUAGAUAAGACAUGGUCUAGAGCUCUCUACCGUUCAGUUGGUACCACUAUCCAAAUGUCCUGAGCAUCGGUUGUAUCACCCCAAUACCCUGCAGGGGACAGGAUAUCAUUGGUCCACGUCCACCCCUCUUACUGCUGGCUUUUGAUUGACGCCGUCAAAAGAAGCCAUCCACAUUCUCCGAUGUCAUCCUAGCUGGGUUAGGAUCGUGGUCUACUUUCGGGGAACUGCAGCUAGUAUAUUUGGCAAACAGCGUGAUGGU